AUGGUCGCUCCAACCCUGCUCGGCGGUCUCCUCGCCGCCGCCCUGGUGCCCUUCACCCACGCCGCCGCCGGUGGCCGCCCAGACAUCAAGGCCGCCCCCUUCCACCCGGGCCGCGCAUUCCCCGCCUCGGCCCCGAGGACAAAGACCUGCGCCGUAAAGGCCGGCACAAACGGCAGCGACGACUCGGCCGCCAUCCUCCAGGCCUUCCACAGCUGCAACAACGGCGGCACCGUCGUCCUCGACAAGACGUACACCAUCUGCAACCCUCUCGACCUCACGUUCCUCAACGCCGUCGACGUCGCCCUCACCGGCACCGUCAACUUUUGCGACGACAUUGACCACUGGCUGCCCCGCACCUACAAGUACACCUUCCAGAUCUCUUCCUCCAUGUGGAAGUUUGGCGGCAAGGAUGUCAACAUUUACGGCAACGGCGUCGGCACGCUCAACGGUAACGGCCAGAAGUGGUGGGACCGGUUCGCGUCGAAUGCUACGCUUGAGAGACCUAUUCUCUUCGUCACUGAUGGUCUUCACGGCGGCUCUAUCACUGGCUUGAAGAUGGUCAACUCCCCUCAGUGGUUCAACCUCAUCGCAAACAGCACCGACGUCCUCAUCUCCGACAUCAACAUCAAGGUCGGCUCCACCUCUUCCAACCCGGCCAAGAACACCGACGGCUGGGACACCUACCGCUCCGACGGCAUCGUCAUUCAAAACUCCGUCAUCAACAACGGCGACGACUGCGUCUCCUUCAAGCCCAACUCGACAAACAUUGUCGUCCAGAACCUCGUCUGCAACGGCUCCCACGGUAUCUCCGUCGGCUCCCUCGGCCAGUACAUUGGCACCUUUGACGUCGUCGAGAACCUCUACGUCUACAACACGAGCAUGUCCAACGCCUCGGACGGCGCCCGCAUCAAGGUCUGGCCCGGCAUGGACACCCCCUUCCAGCCCAACCUCUCUGGCGGCGGCGGCUCGGGAUACGUCAAGAACGUCACCUACGAUACCUUCCACAACGACAACAAUGACAAUGCUAUUACGAUUGAUCAGUGCUAUGGCCAGAAGAACCAGACCAUCUGCAACCAGUACCCUUCCAACAUGACCAUCAGCGACAUCUACUUCAAGAACUUUGACGGCACCGCUUCCUCCAAGAACGACCCCCGCGUCGGAUCCCUCGUCUGCAGCAGCCCCUCCAAAUGUGUCAACAUCAACGCCUCCAAGAUCAACGUCAAGGCCCCGAGCGGCAAGAACCCCCAGUGGCUCUGCGUCAACCUCGACACUGGUCUGCUUGACAUCAACUGCGUCACCAAGGUGACUAAGAGCUAG